CGUUGUUUAUAUAAAAAGGAGGACACGUCGAGCUGUUGUUUUGAGUCCUUAGCUUCAGUGAGUAACAUGAUGUGGAAGAUUGUAGUCCCUGUUUUUGUGGCGGUUUUCGCCGUCACCGCAACAGCAGGUCUGGUAGGGGGGUUUUCAGACGUAAAUGUCAGUGACGGAGGGGUAAGCGAUGCCCUCAACUUUGCUGUCGUCCAACACAACCGGGGCCUCAACGAUGAUUACCUCAGCCAAGUGGAAGAAGUGAUCAAGGUUCAGAGACAGGUUGUUGCUGGUUCCAAGUACCUCAUAACCGUGAGAAUGGCAAAGACCUCCUGCAGAAAGGGCACUGCAAAUGAAAUGUGUACCAUCAACCAAGACCCACAACUGGCUGGGCCCUACCUGUGCACAUUUACAGUGUGGAGCCGCCCGUGGAUUAACGACAUCCAGCUGUUGAAUCAGAGUUGCUAGAAAGAGAACUACGUGGGAAAUCUCCAGUGUUGGCAUGUGUUAGAAGAAUAACAUUCAUUCAGAGCAAUGCUUUUUCCUGUACAUGAACCACAAAAGUAUUAACAUUUCCAUGUUCUGCCUACUUCACUGUAUGAUGUAUUGAAUAACUGAACUGUUGAAAGUCAGUGUUUCAGUUAAACCCAUACAGUAUAGCAAUGUAGAGGUUAAUGAACUCUUAGAGGAGCAACUUUGUUAUGCAUAAUCACUAAACCAAGCAACUAACAAAUAACUAUGAUUGUUGAUUACAAACCACACACUGUUUUAAAAUGAAAUUGAAAAUUAAAGUAGCAUGUGAACUUAAA